GCUGAAUUCCAAAAUUUGUGCCGGAACUGUCGGAUGAAAUCUGUCAAUUUGACCACAGGGAGUGGCGAUUGACCCUCGCCCCUGUCACGAUCAUGAAUGACUUCUCACAGUUGGCAAACUAAAGCUUAUAGUGAAUAUUGAACAAGGGAGAUACGCCGGGAAAAUGUCGUGUCCUCAUCGCUGCGCUCUAGUAGUGAUUUUGUGUCUACUUUCAUUGUUCCCUGGUUCAAUUCGCAGCUCUCCCGGAUACGUCUUCGAACACAACAACUACUUUUACAAGUUUGUAUUUCCUGAGGAUGACUCUCGAACUUGGUACGAAGCGGAAACGCUUUGUAAAACGCAUGAAAAUGGCCAUUUGACAAGCCUUGUAACAAACAAAGAGAUAGAAUGGGUAAAUAGCGUGAUAAAAAACGCCGUGCGAGAUCCGCGGUCCAAAGUCAGGCUUUGGAUUGGAGGGAAUGACCAGAGGAUUAACGAUGUGUGGGAUUUCCUUGACGGGGAACCCCUACGGUAUAAUGUUGUUCCCUGGGCGCCCGGACAGCCAUGGAGACCCCAGGAUGUACAUUACCCCUUCUGUGUCUUUCUUGAGUUUGAAGGUGAAGGCUCUAGAUGGUACGUGGAGGACUGUUUCAAGGCACAUGGUUACAUCUGCAAGUCAAAGGAACCACCUUCAAGAAUCAUGGAGAAAAAGAGAUUUGGAUACAGUUGGGAAUGGGGAAAUCACAUUUACAAAUUCUUCCCUCUGCCGUGGACCGGUUUGAGUUGGACAGAGGCGGAGCAGUACUGCUCGGAAAUGGAGAAAGGUCAUCUGCUAAAUAUCCGAUCUCGGAAAGAGAGUCGAUGGGUUACCGACAGAAUCCGAAUAAUUCGUCAAGUAAUCGGCUUCCGAAAGCUAUGGAUCGGAGCUUCGGAUUUUGGGCAUGAAGGAGAGUACGAAUGGUCCCAUAAGAAACUACCUGUUACUUUCCAGAGAUGGGCCCCUGGCGAGCCUUCUCACUUCUCUAAACUUCACAGAGAAGACUGUGUAGCUAUUCGUUCUGAUCCUGAUUGGGGGAAAUGGAGUGACGAGAGUUGUGUGAUGGAAAAUCCCUUCGUGUGCAAAACAAGGCUGUGUCUUGGUAAAACAGACUUAGCAUUUAUGGUCGAUUCUUCGACAUCUGUCGGCGAAAGAAACUUUCAAGAAGCUAAAGAAUUUGUGUGGUCCGUAAUCAGAAACUUUCCAAUUUCAAACAACGACACGCGUGUUGCUGUCAUCCGCUACUCCUCACAAGCGGACGUGAUUUUUGAUUUUCAAUUCAGUGCCAAAAAUAAUGUACCCCUUCUCAAAGAAACACUCGACAAUAUGAAUUACGUUGGUGGAGAAACAAAAACUGAGUUAGCUUUGGAUCUGGCGCGUACGGGCCUGUUUACAGAAAAGGGAGGAUCGAGAACUAAGGUACCGAAAAUUCUCGUGGUUAUGAGUAAUGGGAAAUCAGACAACGCCCUGGCUGUGGCGCGCACGUCUAUGGCCUUGAAAAGACAUGAGGUGACCAUGGUGGUGGUGGGGAUUGGUGACGAGGUGGACGUGGAGGAGUUGCUGUUAAUGGCAUCGAUCCCGGAAAACGUCAUUAGUGUCAGCACAUUUAGUAAGCUGAAGAAAAGGGUGGGAAAAAUCAGGGAUAAAGUUUGUGAUGAAAUGGUAGAGAGUCAAAAUAGGAGAGAGCUUGAGGAGGAAGAGAAAAACAGCGUGAAAUAAACUUUGUGUUAUGGAAAGAAGUUUUCAAUAUCAAUAUGGCAGCUGUAGUAGAAGUAAAUUGCGAAUUGAAGAGAAUUUUUUUGUGAAAACCAGGCACACAGCCUCAUAUCAUCAUCGUAUAUAUAUUUUUUUUAUUUAUUAAUGCAACAGCGAUGAAGUUUUUCGAAAAUCACUGGAACUAGCACAACGGACAAUAAUAGAAUAUGGAGACUGCCUGUAUGUUCCAAGCAGCAAAGGUAUAUUGCUGUUCUGUCCAAAAAAAAAAACAUGACACACACACACACACACACUAAAACAAAACAAAAAGCUGUUCAGGAGAAAAAAUAACUCCACUAGGAAUGUGUCGAGGACAACGACGGUUUAUAAUCAUAUGUCUAUUAUAAAAGUUAAGUGAGGUGUGAUAUUUUUUGUUGUAAAACUUCGCACGUUUCGAACGCAAAUUGUUAUUGUUUUUUUUUUUUUUGCUAGAUUUUAUUCAUAGUUAGUGCGUAAAAUCGAAAUUGGAAAUAAAAGUUCAAUUAAUGUACCAU